AUAAAUCAACCAACCACCACUUACACCCAAUCUUCAAAGUUCAAACUCAACUCAUCACUUCAACUCUUCAACUUAAACCUUAAACUACAAGAACAAGAACAAACACUAAAUAUAGUAACAUGAAUAUUAACUUUAAAACCCUACUUCACACUUUCAAAUCCAAAAUACCAAACAUAUUAUUAACCAAUCUAUAUUUUAUCACCUUUGCAUUUUUCUUAUGUACCUUCUUUUACUUCCUUGCUCUCUGGCAUCAUUAUCCUUCCACCACCGUCAUCUCCGCCGCCGGUUACUCCACCACCACCUCUCAACCUUCCACCUCCUCCAUAUGUUUCCACCAUAACAACAACAGUGCCAUCACAACUCCGUCACUCGACUUCACCGCCACUCACCACCUCCCUGACCCACCAUUAAAGACGGCGCGUGUUUCUCACCUCCCACCAUGUGAACCAUCUCUCUAUGAAUACACUCCAUGUGAGGAUCAGAAAAGGUCAUUGAGGUUCUCUAGAAAGAAACUUAUCUACCGGGAGAGACACUGUCCCUUACCGGAGGAGACUCUCCGGUGUAGAAUACCAGCUCCGUUUGGUUACCGGUUACCAUUACGGUGGCCGGAGAGCCGUGACGGGGCUUGGUAUGCAAAUGUUCCACAUAAGGAGUUAACCGUGGAGAAGAAAAACCAGAAUUGGGUCCGGUUCAAUGGGAACCGAUUCAGGUUUCCGGGUGGUGGGACCAUGUUUCCACGUGGCGCAAAUGCAUACGUUGAUGAUAUUGGGAAGUUGAUUAAUCUUAAAGAUGGGUCUAUCAGAACCGCUAUUGAUACUGGUUGUGGGGUGGCAAGUUGGGGAGCUUAUCUUCUGUCACGUAACAUAUUAACGGUGUCAGUUGCACCAAGAGAUACUCAUGAAGCUCAAGUUCAAUUUGCUCUUGAACGAGGUGUUCCUGCAUUGAUUGGAAUUCUUGCAUCAAUAAGGCUUCCUUAUCCUUCAAGAGCCUUUGAUAUGGCUCACUGCUCAAGGUGCCUCAUUCCUUGGGGCCAGGAUGAUGGAAUAUACUUGACUGAAGUUGAUAGACUACUGCGUCCUGGUGGAUACUGGAUUCUGUCAGGGCCACCAAUAAACUGGCAGAAACACUGGAAAGGAUGGGAAAGGACUAGGGAGAGUCUCAAUGAUGAACAAGAUGCAAUUGAGAAUGUAGCAAAAAGCCUAUGCUGGAAAAAAUUAGUACAAAAAGGUGACCUUGCAAUAUGGCAGAAACCAACCAAUCAUAUGCAUUGCAAAGUUAAAAGAAAGAUCUUUAAGACUAGACCCUUCUGUGAAGAAGCACAGGAUCCAGAUAUGGCUUGGUACACUAAACUAGAUACCUGCUUGACCCCACUGCCAGAUGUAAACAACGUCAAAGAAGUUGCUGGUGGAGAAAUAUCAAAGUGGCCAAAGAGACUAACUUCAAUUCCUCCAAGGAUUAGUGGUGAAAGUUUGAAAGGAAUAACACCAGAGAUGUUCAAAGAAAAUACUGAGUUAUGGAAAAAGAGAGAAUCAUAUUACAAGACCCUUGAUUCUCAGCUAGCAGAGACUGGAAGAUAUAGAAAUCUUCUUGAUAUGAAUUCUUACUUGGGAGGCUUUGCAGCUGCACUGGUUGAUGAUCCUGUUUGGGUCAUGAACAUUGUUCCUGUUGAGGCUGAAAUCAAUACUCUUGGUGUCAUAUAUGAACGUGGACUCAUUGGAACCUAUCAAAAUUGGUGUGAAGCCAUGUCUACUUACCCACGAACUUAUGACUUCAUACAUGGUGAUUCAGUUUUCAGCCUCUACCAACACAGAUGUAGUAUGGAGAACAUUCUUCUGGAGAUGGACCGGAUUUUGCGUCCGCAAGGUAGUGUAAUUUUGCGCGACAAUGUAGAUGUGUUGACGAAGGUGAAGAGCAUUGCAGAUGAAAUGCAGUGGGAUGCAAAAAUUAGAGACCAUGAAGAAGGACCUUAUCAAAAAGAAAAGAUACUUGUAGCAGUCAAGCAAUACUGGACAGCUCCACCAACAGAGCAAAACUAACACAACAAAAUCAAAGAUUUGGGAGCUCUAAAUACUUAUGUCGGUGAAAAUAUGCAUUAGCCAUUUCGAACUUGGUUCACAGGCCCUGACAGAAGUUUUUUUGACUUCGCAUCAAUUUUUUUAUUCGGUUCAGCAAUUGAGUCAGAUCAUAUCAUCUGCCGCCAUUUUGAUUCAGCAAUCAAGUCAGUUCAUGGUUGGUCCUAGCUCAACCCAUCUCUAUGGCCAAACUCAUAGUUCCCAUAAGCUAAAAGCUAAUGAAAACUGAGCUCAGAUGACUCUAAACUGCGAUGAAUGGUGUACAGAAAUUAUAAAUAAGCUCAACUAAAUGGACAAGUAUGCUCAGCCAACAGCCAAUUCUUUCAU